AGAGUUUUGCUCUCGUCGCCUAGGCUGGAGUGCAGUGGUGCUAAUUCCUGACCUCAGGUGAUCCAACUGCCUCAGCCUCCCAAAGUGCUGGGAUUACGGGCGUGAGCCACUGCAUCUGGCCCCUAGCCCUUUCAACGAAUUUCAGGGAAUUGUGAAAAUUCCUUUGUUGAGAUAAUUGUUUAAAUAUAAUAUAGUUCACCAGCCAGGCCUCAAAAAACUCAGUAUUUCUCAUUUCCUUAUUUAGAAAUAGAGCUUUUUGUAAUGUAAACAAUUAAAAAAAUUAUUUUAAAACUGCAACUAUUGGAAAUGAGAUCAGCAGGUGGUAAGGGCAAAGCAUUUAAAUCUUUCUACUUUAUGCAGCAGUGACAGCCGCCCAUGCUUUCACCCCUUUCUCAGAUGGAAAGGCUCUUGCACAUUUCCACUCACGAGUGUCUUGCUCUCCUUGACAGUAUGUGGGAAGCCCAAGAAUCCGGCAAACCCAGUGCAGCGGAUCCUGGGUGGACACCUGGAUGCCAAAGGCAGCUUUCCCUGGCAGGCUAAGAUGGUCUCCCGCCAUAAUCUCACCACAGGGGCCACGCUGAUCAAUGAACAAUGGCUGCUGACCACGGCUAAAAAUCUCUUCCUGAACCAUUCAGAAAAUGCAACAGCAAAAGACAUUGCCCCUACUUUAACACUCUAUGUGGGGGAAAAGCAGCUUGUGGAGAUUGAGAAGGUUGUUCUACACCCUAACUACCACCAGGUAGAUAUUGGGCUCAUCAGACUCAAACAAAAGGUGCUUGUUAAUGAGAGAGUGAUGCCCAUCUGCCUACCUUCAAAGAAUUAUGCAGAAGCAGGGCGUGUGGGUUACGUGUCUGGCUGGGGACAAAGUGACAACUUUAAACUUACUGACCAUCUGAAGUAUGUCAUGCUGCCUGUGGCUGACCAAUACGAUUGCAUAAAGCAUUAUGAAGGCAGCACAUGCCCCAAAUGGAAGGCACCGAAGAGCCCUGUAGGGGUGCAGCCCAUACUGAACGAACACACCUUCUGUGCCGGCAUGUCUAAGUACCAGGAAGACACCUGCUAUGGCGAUGCGGGCAGUGCCUUUGCCGUUCACGACCUGGAGGAGGACACCUGGUACGCGGCUGGGAUCCUAAGCUUUGAUAAGAGCUGUGCUGUGGCUGAGCAUGGUGUGUAUGUGAAGGUGACUUCCAUCCAGGACUGGGUUCAGAAGACCAUAGCUGAGAACUAAUGCAAGGCUGGCUGGAAGCCCUUGCCUGAAAGCAAGAUUUCAGCCUGGAAGAGGGCAAAGUGGAUGGGAGUGGACGGGAGUGGACAGGAGUGAAUGGGAUAAGAUGUGGUUUGAAGCUGAUGGGUGCCAGCCCUGCGUUGCUGAGUCAAUCAAUAAAGAGCUUUCUUUUGACUCA